GCCACGCCAUCAUCAUUGUCAUUGAAACCAUUUGAUUUUGAUUGGAUUCCUAGAUAUUAACAUCACAAAAAUCAACCAAUCAAUCCUGCUGAAACAGAAUCGCCAAUUCCAAUCGAACCGAGUAGGGAUUGGAUAGGGUUUGCAAAUUUUCUAAAAUUAAAAUAAAAAAUAAAAAAUCCUAUGAUGGUGAAUCUGUAUGUCAAGGCGACGCCACCGGCGGAUCUGAAUAGGAACACUGAGUGGUUCAUGUAUCCAGGUGUGUGGACCACCUAUAUACUCAUACUUUUCUUCUCCUGGCUGAUCGUUCUCUCUGUUUUUGGUUGCUCUCCCGGCACGGCGUGGACCAUAGUCAACCUCGUUCAUUUUCUCGUCACUUAUCACUUUUUUCACUGGAAAAAGGGAACUCCCUUUGCUGACGAUCAAGGGAUGUACAAUGGUUUGACUUGGUGGGAGCAGAUGGACAGUGGAAAGCAGCUUACUCGCAAUAGAAAGUUCCUUACUGUUGUACCCGUAGUGCUGUACUUGAUAGCAUCACACACAACUGACUACCAACAUCCCAUGCUCUUUUUCAACACUGUUGCAGUGACUGUGCUUGUUAUUGCCAAGUUCCCUAAUAUGCACAAGGUCCGGAUUUUCGGAAUCAAUGCAGACAAGUGAAUUGGUAGCAUGAUGAAGAUAGAGGUUUACAAUUUCCUGCUUGAAAGCCACUGAUCCUUGUGUUCUGCACAAAGGUUUACAUCACUGUAUAGAAAGACAGGACUGGGAUGAUGUUUGAUUAUGUAAUGUUUUCGUGCUUUGACAAGAUGGGUUUUAGAUAAUGAAGUAAUAAGUGUAUCUGAGUUGUCCUGUACAGUGGAUAAUUUUUAUUUUGUGGAUUAUCCUUUAUUACAGCGCUGUGCUGUUAUCCACUUAUCACAUAUUUUCAAUGUGCUAUUAUUUCGUGGUUCUCAUA